CUUCUAGGUGUAUCUCGUAUACCGUGACUCUCAAAGCGACGCGAGGAUCGUCGUCUGUCACUUUUUGCGGCUUACGCAGCGUCGAUGUUUACACGCGAUAUGUCAAAUCGAUACCCCGCGCGCGCGCGCACGUGUUGCAUGCUUAAAUACGCGAGUUUGUGAUUAACGAAAAAUUCCGAAGGUGCUCGCGUGACACAUAGUGUUCGACUCUGCAUUUCGCUCGUGUUCUCGCGAUUGACGGAGCGCGUCGAAAAAGAGAAGCGAUGCCGGUAAAGUAAACGACAGUUUCAACUGACUUCGCGAAUCGACUUCCGCGGUCCAGGAGAGGGGGAAAGGAAUAAGCGUCCUUGGGGAAAGGAAGAGUUCUCGCGCGUAGAUCGCGAGGUCUAUGGGAUACAACGUCGUCCACCGGGAGAUGAUACGCACGAGGGAGGAACUGGCGAGGGAGAAACUGGGCUUCGACGGCAUCGACGAACAGCACGCGAUCAUGAACAACAUGGUAGACGCGAGGGCCUGUUACAAGCCUAGCGGCAAAUAAGCGCAACGUGAGAGAACGACUUGUGUAGUUGGUUGCAAUAUUAUCCACAUCUCUUGUCUCUUUUUUUCUCUCUUUUUUUUCCUUCCUCCCUUCCUCUUUUCCUUUUCUCUCUCUCUAUCUCUCUACCUCUUCAACCACCUGCACAUGCAUGGGUCCCGGCUUGUCGAUUACCGUGUCCCCGUUGUGCACUGGCGACGAUCGUCUCACCGCGCACGUGUACUCGUCGAGCAUCGGCUGUCUUCAGUACCCGAUUAACGUCAAACAUGACCAACAAUAAGCAGUCGUGGUUCCGCGGCGUUCGAAGCAGCAAAUUUCGACACGUUUACGGUGUACCAGCCAAGAGGGAGAAAUGCUACGACAAUAUCAAGAUCACGAAGAACGCCCACGAUUCGCAAUUCUGUGCCGUAAAUCCGAAAUUCCUGGCCGUUGUGACGGAGGUUGCAGGUGGUGGAGCGUUCCUGGUAUUAUCGUUGGAUCGUACCGGACGACUCGACUUCAAUGCCAGUCGAGUAACUGGACAUACCGGUCCCGUUUUGGACAUCAAGUGGAAUCCAUUCAAUGACAAUAUCAUUGCAUCCUGUUCUGAUGAUUGCACUAUAAAAUUAUGGCAUAUACCCGAUGGCGGAUUGUCGAGAAACUUGACUGAAUGGUUCGUGGAGUUGCAAGGACACAAACGACGCGUCGCUUAUAUCGAAUGGCAUCCGGUAGCAGAGAACGUACUCUUCAGCGCCGGCUUCGAUCAUCUUGUUAUCGUGUGGGAUGUAAACAGAUGCGAGGCAGUGAGCGUCAUUGACAGGCAUCCCGAUGUGAUCUACAGUAUAUCCUUGAAUCGUGAUGGCAGUUUGUUGGCAACCACAUGCAAGGAUAAGAAAUUGCGCGUUUUCGAACCAAGGUCCGGUAUCGUCGUUUCGGAAGGAGUAUGUCAUGCCGGUACAAAAGCGAGUAAGGUUGUAUUCCUCGGUAGUUCUGGACGUCUCUUGACUACUGGAUUUAGCAGACAUUCGGAUCGGCAGUACGCAAUAUGGAGUCAACAUGAUCUAACUGUCCCAUUGAUAUGUGAAACAAUAGAUUCCUCGAGUGGGGUGGUCUUUCCGUUUUACGAUAAUGAUACCAACAUGGUAUUCUUAGCAGGAAAGGGUGAUGGUAAUAUUCGAUAUUACGAAGUAGUUAACGAAGCGCCUUGGAUGCAUUAUCUUAGUCAAUUUAUAUCUGGGAAUCCUCAGAGAGGAUUAGGAGUAAUGCCAAAAAGGGGCAUCAAUACCGCUAUAUGUGAAGUGUUUAGAUUCUACAAGCUGCACGCGACUCGCGGAAUGUGUGAGCCAAUCUCGAUGAUAGUACCUCGAAAGAGUGAUCAAUUCCAAGAAGAUUUAUAUCCUGACACAAUCGGAACGUGUCCCGCACUGUCGGCUAGAGACUGGAUCAGCGGCAUGAAUAAUCCGCCAAUCUUAAUCUCUCUUAAAACAGGUGGAAGCAUCUCGACGCAUAAACCACGAAUAUAUAAACCACCGCAAUUACCUCCGUCCACCGAUCUGAAUAACAAGAAGAAAUUCGCGUUUCUGUCUACGGAAACCAUACCAGAUUAUAGACCGGUGGAAUUACACGACAUGUCGGAAAAAAGUCAAAAGACAUCCAGUAAUCAAAGCACAAAGUUUCAGCAACUACAGCAAAAAUUUGGAAAUGUUGCUAUGCAGAAGAAUAUUAUAUCGUCUCCGCUUAAUGACAAUAAAGUUAUGGAGACUGUGGAUGUUCCAAACAAUGAGGCGGAACUUCGAUUAGCGUUUGCUCGACAAACCGAUGAAUUAAGGCUGGUACGACGGCAGCUCGCUAAUAGUCAACUGCGUGUCAAGGAAUUAGAGGACCAAAUACGAAAAUUACAACGCCAAUAAAGCUUACAAGUAACAGUUACAGCAAGUUCGCUUCGACACUGGCUUUAAAUAAGACUCUCGCACAGCUUUACUGCUAAACUAUGGUUAGCGAUCGGUUACUUAAAAUCUAUAAAAUAUAUGUGCAUUGCUAACAAUUUAGAGAAGAAGCCUAAGCUUUUGAGAAAUUUUUACCAACAUGCUUGGGAUACUUUAAUUCUACAAUGAUAUUUAUACAUACAAAAAUAUAUUCGCACAGAAUAAUUUUGACUGACUUUUUCGUUAGUCUACAAUUUUUAUGUAGGAUAAAACUUGUCGCGUUGAUAUUGAUACCACAAGGGAUCAGAAAACAUUUGUUAUGUGAAAAUUGUACCUGUUCACACAUAGCUGGAUGCGUAAGUUGGAUAUAUGUACAUGUAUCCACAUAAAGAUUUGUACAUGAUUAAAAAAUUAAGGAAAGCACAGUAUUUUUAGACGAAUGAAUAAUUCAUAUAUAUUAUUUCAAUUUUAUUGACACAUUGCAUUUUUGCUGAGAACAAUAUGUUGGUACUAGUCUAUUAAUCAGUUGUUUAUUUUUUCUUAUUUUAUGUUUAUU